AUGGAGACCGAAAUACUAUCUUUUCUCGCCUGGCGACUGGUUAUAUUGGAGUUUCGAUGUUAUCGUUCAUUAGCUGCAGUCGAAGUUGAAUUAAAAAAUUAUGAUGAAGCAAUAAAACUUUACGAACAACAACUUGAUAUAUUACAAAAAAUGCCCGAUAUUGACAAUCAACUCGAAGAGAUCACUUCAUGUUAUAUUUCUAUUGGUAAAGUCUACUGGUUAAAAUCGAAGUAUGAUCAAGCAAUAGCAUAUCAACAUCGAGCACUUGAACAUAUUCAAUCUUAUCUGACAUCUCCAACUCAAAUUUCAGCUGUUUAUAAGAAUUUGGCGAAUAUUUUUACAAAUACAAAAGAAUUUCGAAUAGCACUGGAAUAUUUUGAGAAGGCGCUUAGUAUUGAUGAUGAAUGUCAUCCAAAAAAUUAUCUUCAAAUCGGACAAACUUAUGCAAAUAUGGGAAUGAUGUAUCAAUCCAAACAAAACUAUCGAAAAGCAUUGGAUUGUUUUGAAAAAGCUCGUGAAAAUUUACUCCAAAUGCUUCCAUCAACCCAUGUUGCUGUUGAAAAGAUCAAUAAGACUAUUUGCAAAAUAAUGUCAAAUUCGAAUGGAUUAACAAUAUUACCUGAAACAGACUCCAGAACUGAGAUCGAACAACUGGUAAAUGCUCGGCCUGCGAAUUCAGAAGAUAUUCUUACUCGAAAUAACAUUAUGGUACUUUGGCUUGAUGAUCAUAUUGGUCGUGAUGAAAAUUGUCGAGCACUUAAAGCAGAAUUCCGUCAAAUUACAACUAGUUUAAAGAUGGUUGAUUCUGUACGAAGUUGUCGAGAAUGUCUACCAUAUGUGAAAAAUCGAAAACUUUUCUGCAUUAUUCAAGGCAAAUAUGCCAAAGAAAUUGUUCCUGAUAUUGUUCAAAUUGUAUCAUCAUCAAUAAAACCAGUCGUCUAUAUUUUCUGUUUACAUAUGAUUUCCUUAGUUGAAUGGGCUCAAGAGCAAGAAUGUAUACUGGAAGGUGGCAUGUUUGAUCAUGAAAAAAAUUUAUUCAAUAAACUUCGCAACGAUUUAAAUGACUAUGCGAACCAAAAAUCAAAGGAAUCUCAAGACAAGUGGUCGGCAGUAAUCACGAAUUUUCUUAUAAAAUUUACGCGAUUAUCUACAGAUUGUUACGAAACAAAUACAAUUGUCUCUUCACAAGAAACUGUUAAUGACAGAAGACAAGAUACUUCUACUGUCGCAUAA